AUGAUUACAGAGUGCAGCUACGAUACUUUACCUGCAAUCGGGGGUGACGGCCAAUCCAGAUAUGAUCCAGAAAAGGAAUGCUACAUGAAUGGGGAACAUGUAGAUAUCACGUGUUCUGGAGGUCUGAUUGGGCCACCAGAGAACGUGUGUGCCUCAGGGGCUUGGUUGUAUGGUUUUGGAUCAACUUGUGAAGAUCAAAUGACACAAUGCAAUACAACGGGUGUCCCAGAGCAUGGGAGCAUGUAUCCAGAUAAACUUGUUUUUGACUAUACCGACAAGGUCUACUACUCUUGUAACGAAAACUUCACCCUAGUGGGGCCAUCGGAGGCAGUAUGUGAGUUAGGAGGGUCGUGGAAUCCACCAACACCUCCAACGUGCAAUGCGGGCUGUAUCACUCCUGACAUUGAGAAUGGUAUCACUAUUCCUGAUACCAACACCGUUGCAGAUGGCCAAGUGAUUACUUUUGAUUGCCACGAAAAUUUUACCAUAGGAGGAGCCUCACAUAAAACGUGUCAUAAUGGGACUUUUGAUCCACCAGAAACUACAUUUUGCUACGCCAACUGUCCAUUGGUCAGUGAAAGCAUUGAUAACGGGAAUGUUUUUGGAGAAGGUCCACCAUAUACCAACGGUCAUCAACUGCUGUACGAAUGCAAUGCGAACUUCACCUUAGUCGGUCCGAUUAAAAUCACCUGUAAUGAUGGGAUUUGGAGUGACUCUGAACCAACAUGCAAAGCCCAGUGUUGGUUCAAAUCAGUUCCGAAUUCUGAUUCUACAUCGGGCCUUAAGUUGCCCCAUGGUGAAACUUUGCGGAUCACAUGCGACUACGGGUAUUCGACAGGAACAAGCCGGACAUCAGAAGUGACUUGUUCUGAAGGCUUAUUAUCUCCCCCAGAGCAUCCUCAAUGUUUAGGUAACGUAGGAGUUCAUGACAUUACUGUUGCUAAAGAUUACAUCGGUUGA